UAAAGAAAACAACUGAGAUGGACUUUCCAGUCAAGACGAAACAGUGGAAAAAUACUAAAGAGUACCAUUUUCCUUAAACCUUUUUGGGUGUAUCUUCGCUUUCCAUUAUUGUGUCACCAACAGCUGCGUAUGCUUAAGUCAUAUCAUUUCCAGGAUGAAUAUUAUUUCCCCAUCACUACACCGUUAUUGUAGACUAAAAUAUUUUUCUAAACUACCCCACUACAAUACCAAACUUGAUAAAUCCCAAUUAAAAUGGAGGACAAAUCAUAUUUUUGUCCAAAUUAAUCCAUUACUUUCUCUUUUGGAAACCAAAUGCAAAUACAUGACUCAACUCAAACAAAUCCAAUCACAGAUGAUUGUCACUGGUAUAUCCUCAAAUGGGUUUGCUUCAAGUCGUUUAAUAGCCUUUUGUGCACUCUCAGAAAAGGGUAAUCUUGAUUAUUGUAAAAAGUUAUUGUAUAAUAUGGAAAACCCAAAUACAUUUUCUUGGAAUCUGACUAUAAGGGGUUUUACUGAAAGUGAAAACCCAAAAGAUGCAAUCUUUUUGUACAAAAGGAUGCUUAUGACAAAAGAUAAUGAAGAAUGUAGUAGUUUUUUGAAGCCUGAUAAUCAUACUUUUCCUUUGUUAUUUAAGAUAUGUUCAAGAUUGGAAUUGUAUUAUAUGGGUCAAGAGAUUCUUGUGCAUGUUUUGAGGAUUGGUUAUGAUCAAGAUUUGUUUGUGCAUAAUGCUGUCAUUCAUUUUUUGGUCUCAUGUGGAUUCUUGGAGGAUGCAUAUAAGGUGUUUGAUGAUAAUUCUGUGAGGGAUUUUGUUUCUUGGAAUUCAUUGAUUAAUGGUUAUGUUAGGAGCGGGAGACCGAAGGAAGCAUUGAUGGUAUUUGAGAAGAUGAAAAUGGAAUCUGUGGAGCCUGACGAAGUUACUAUUAUUGGCAUGGUAGGGGCGUGUGCUCAGCUCGAGAAUUUGGAGCUUGGGAGGAAGUUGCAUAGUGACUUUAUGGACAAGCGUUUAUAUCUUAGCGUACCACUUUGCAAUGCGCUCAUAGACAUGUAUAUGAAGAAUGGGAGUCUAAAUGAAGCAAAGGCUUUGUUUGAUAGGAUGGAUGAGAGGACUGUGGUAAGUUGGACUACAAUGAUUAGUGGGUUUGCUAAAUUUGGGUGUUUGGAUGAAGCGAGAAGACUUUUUAAUGAGAUGCCGGAGAAAGCUAUUGUACAGUGGAAUGCCUUGAUUGGAGGUUAUGUCCAAGCUAAGCGUGGUAAAGAGGCACUGAUUUUGUUUCAAGAAAUGCAAACCAUGAAUAUAAAACCUGAUGAAGUGACAAUGGUUAGUUGUCUAUCAGCUUGUGCACAACUUGGAGCACUUGAUAUUGGAAUUUGGAUUCACCACUACAUCAAAAAACAUAAGCUUUUUUUAACAGUGUCUCUGGGAACUGCACUUGUUGAUAUGUAUGCCAAAUGUGGUAACAUUGAAAAUACGCUUCAGGUUUUUCAUGAGAUGCCUGUCAGAAACUCAUUGACUUGGACAGCUGCAAUUGGUGCCUUAGCGCAUCAUGGAAAUGGACAUGAUGCUCUAUCAUAUUUUUCAAAGAUGAUUGACAGUGGCCUGAGACCAGAUGAUGUCACAUUUCUUGGGGUCUUGUCAGCUUGUUGUCAUGGAGGUUUGAUUGAAGAGGGGCGAAAUCUUUUUGCUCAAAUGAGCACAAAAUUCAAAAUCCCCCCUAAAUCUAAACAUUACUCUUGCAUGGUGGACCUUUUGGGCAGAGCAGGGCUCCUGGAAGAAGCUUAUGAGCUUAUCCACUGUGUGCCAAUGGAGGCUGAUGCUUCAGUAUGGGGAGCAUUGUUCUUCGCUUGUCGAGCUCAUGGGAACAUUGAGAUAGGGGAAAAGGCAGCUCUGAAACUUCUUGAAUUGGAUCCUGAUGAUAGUGGAACUUAUGUACUUCUUGCCAACAUGUAUGUUGAAGCAAGUAUGCAACAUAGGGCACGUGAUGUGAGGAAGAUGAUGGGUGAAAGAGGAUUAGAGAAAGCACCUGGUUGCAGCUCCAUUGAAGUAAAUGGAAAUCUUUUUGAGUUUAUUGUUAGAGACAAGACACAUCCUCAGUCUGAUCAGAUGUAUGAAUGUUUGAUUCACUUAACAGGACACAUGGAAAUAGUUAAAUUUGAUUCUGAUGUUUACAGUACAAUAUAAGAAAAUCUGGUUGAUCAGUCGCCAAAGCUACAUAGACAACAAAAAGGUUUGGCCCUGCAAAAGAUGUUCCUAUGAUUAGGAGGACAGGAGUUGUGUUGCAAUCCUAAGGCCAGGGGAACAACUUCAGCCACUCCUCUGUUCUGCUGAGAAUGCUUUUGGAGCUAAAUAUGAUGAUAUUUUGAUGUUAAAGAGUCUGAAAAAUCAAUGGAAAGACACCACAAGACAAGGGAUGGAAGGAGAAAGGGCCAACACUUACCAAAAUUCAGAGGACAACUUUCAGAGAGUGCAUGCGAUUAGCAUGCGCCGCAUGCUUUAUUCCAGGGGGAUACAGGGUGCGACGUACGCCCCAUUCCAUAGGAAUAGAGGGUGCAAUGCACACUCCACUCCACACCUGGGCGUUUUAUGCUAAAUCGACUCCUAGACGAACUUGGCUUACCCUUAUGCUAUAUAUACAUGUUGUAUCACAUUUUUACAUAUCUUUUGGACGUCUUGGACUAGUUUUGGGGAUGCUCAACACUUCUUUUAGGGUUUAUAUCUCUUUACUUUAGUUUCUUUCAUGGUUUGUAUCAUUAAUCUAAGGGAUUGGAUGAUGAACAUUCCCAUUAGAGGCUAAACUCCCUUUUCGGAGUUAAGGCCACGAUCA